ACGGAGGUAUCUGUACUCUUCCCACCUCCUUCGCCAACGAACGAGCAGACUUGAAAGCAAGACUUGACGUGUCUGAGAGGGGACUUAUGUUGAGAGCCAUUUGGUGGAUAAAGUGUGUUUGUGGCCGCAUAUUAACAAAACUAAUGUUUAUUAUAUACAAAUUGCAUAAGUCUACUAUAAAAUCUAUGCAUUUGUAUAUGAAUUCGCAUACGUUUUGUUUUCAUCGGACAAGAAUAAACAUAAUUAUAAUAAACGAACAACUUGACGAAGGUUUGCCAACUUGCCUACACACGGCUUAUUUACCACCAACUUCUAGCGGUUGGCCAACUGAUUGUCCGAUAAAUCGAACCGUGUGUAGGGCCUUUCACGACACUAAAAAAGAGAAGCAAAGAAAAUAACAAAUUAAUUCAAAACAAAUUGGAAGAAAGAGAAGACUACUGCAAAAUGGAAUGAACAAUAAUCGAACGAAAAUCAACAAUUUACAAAAUCAGAAACAAAAGCGUUCAGCGACAAAGUGGUAGCAAAUUUUUUUCAAGCGAAGCAAUAGCAAUACACAAGUGUAUAAAACGCAAAAGGGGAUUAUAAAAUAUACAUUACAUUCCAAAUAGCAAUAAUAAAGAAACUACGAAUUGCGACAAAAUAGAAAUACGAUAGAAGUGAAUAAAGAAGCAGUGACUACAGAACUUCCAAAUACAGAAAAUUUUAUUGCAGUGCAGGGAAAAAUACAACAUUAAUAAUACGCAUAACACAUUUUUCAUGCAAAGCAAUUGACGCGAUUUCAUAAAAAAAAAUCGUGGAAAAAGUGAAAGUGCAAUAAAGUUGAAUAAUUUGGUUAAAGUACCAACAGCGGCUCCUCAUAGCAAUACCUUCAAUUGUCGUAUUUCUUGUUUUCAGCUGAAAAGGGCAAAACCAAGCAGAAAAAAUUAUGGCUGCUUCAGGAUAUCAACUGAAUUUCAAUCAGGAUUUUACUUCGAUUUCCGUUUUGGAUGGUAGCGAUGGCUUUCGCAUUUUCUCCAUCAAUAGUUGUGACAAGGUUGAGGAAAUCUACGCCAGAGAUUCGGAGCAUAUCAUUUUGAUCGAGCGCCUAUUCAAUAGCUCCCUUGUGGUGAUGGUCACUGCCGAGAAACCGCACUGCUUGCAAAUGUUGCACUUCAAGAAGAAUCAGAAAAUCUGCAAUUGUGUCUACCCUACGAAUAUACUCAGCAUACGCAUGAAUCGUACGCGUUUGAUUGCCUGUCUAGCGGAGAGCAUACACAUUCACGACAUACGCGACAUGAAGAUGCUCUAUGCCAUUGAGAAUAUUGCACCCAACGAGCUGGGCUUGUGUUCCCUAUCGCUAAACUCGCACUUAGCCUUUCCCAUCUGCAGUACCAGCGGUGAGCUGCGUCUCUACAAUGCAUCCAAACUGAAGUCAGGCAUCACAAUUCGGGCGCAUGAAAGUCGUUUGUCGGCAUUGAAUUUCUCACCUAGCGGCCAACUGCUGGCGACCGCCUCGGAGCGUGGCACUGUGAUACGUGUGUUCUGUGUGAAGACUGGUCAGCGCGUGCAGGAGUUUAGACGCGGCGUGAAACGUUGCGUACGCAUAGCAUCGCUGGUAUUUUCGGUUAAUGGACAAUUUCUCUGUGUCACCUCGAAUACAGAGACCGUGCAUGUAUUCAAAAUCGAUGAAAAAGCUGUGAUGACGGCGCUAGAGGCUGACGCUUUGAAAGCGUCAAAUACUGCUGCAGCUGCUAAACAAUUGGAAAAGCAGUCGACGCAGCCGGGCAAAAGUGAAGCGCAAAUUGAAAAUGCUGUAGCGCCAGCUGCUGAUGCAUCGCUUGUCUCCACAUCGCCGGGCGCCUCGGGUAGCGGCUGGUCCGAUUACUUUUCGAAGGCUGUAUCCUCAUAUCUCUUGCCAACGCAAGUGAGCGAUGUGCUCGCGCAGGAUCGCGCCUUCGCUACGGCGGUCAUAGCACAGCCUGGCAUGCGUCACAUUUGUGGACUGACAUACGUGCAGAAGCAAUUGAAGGUGUUGAUCGCCAGCGAGGAGGGUUUCCUCUACAUUCACGAAUUCAAUGCGGAACGUGGUGGCGCUUGCAAAUUGGAAGCGGUACAUGAUCUACGCGGUGCGCUAGACGGUGUCGUAG